AGAUGACAUAUUUUGGUGAGGGUGUCAUCAAAAUAACGGAAAAUAACCUAGAAAAUCAGCCUUCCUUUUCCAAUUUUCAAAAUGUAGGAAUUGAAAUAAAAUUGGAGGAAUAUAUAAAAGUUCCUUGACCACAUGAAAAAAUACAAAGAAACAGAAAGCCAUUCUGAAGAAUAUUAUUUUCCAGUUAUCAAUCAAAAUAGUAUCAGUAAAUAGAAUGAGCAACACAAAGUUUCAAGAAAUUCAUUCCACGGGUUUUGAAAACAGCGAAGGUUUUAUCAAUGUUGAUGUCGGUGAUAAAGUCUUUCUUCGGGGAAGAGAACUGAACAAAUCACAACAGGAGGCAUAUCAAUUUUUAAAAGAAAAAAGGGUAGAAGAGAUUUUCAACUUUUUGAUUGAGCAUUUAUUGGUGAACACUCCAAGAGACCCGUUGAAUUUCUUAGUCGAUCUUCUAGAUAAAUGUAUAAACUUUCGAGAUGACCUAAAGGAUCCUCCUUUAUUGUUCGAUCGGUCCCAUCAAGAGAUUAUUUACAAAGCUUUUGAUCCAGGAAACAAGGGCUUCGUAACUCAACAACAGUUUUGUACAGCACUGAAAACCGUUGGUCUUGGAGAAUCAAGUCUCCUCCCGUCAAUGAGUAAAAAUAACAUAAUUUUCAAAAACGAGUUUUUGAUUGAGCUUGACAGCGCUUUGAUAAAUAAUUUGUACUCAAUGAUGGGUGGAGAGAGAGAGGACAUGAAUAUUUCAACAGCAGUAAGAGGCAGCUUACAAUACAAAGGCAGACACAGAGGCUCAGAUUCCACAUCUUUACUACUGGAAAAUGGCUCGAAAAAAUCUUCAGUUCACUUCUUUUUAGCAAUGAAUGAAGGCUCAGAUGGAUUUGAAAGUCCAGCGAGAAUCUCUCAUUCAGAGUUUUUCGAACAUAUUUCACGAAAAUCACCAGGACAAUUAAGUAGUGAUCAGGGUACAUCAAGUUUAAGCAGCAAGGAACAAGAUUUGAAUAUCGCAGAUCGUGGUUUGGAAAGUGCUAUUGAUUCAAAUCAUGACGAAACUGAAUAUUAUGUCAACGAACAAUUUAUGCACAAUAAGAGUUUGGAGGAAAUUGUAAGUUUGGAAAAUUUACCUUUGACAGAAAACAAUGAAUCAAUUGGAAGUUUUCCUGUUGAGAGUGUGAAGACCAGUGCGGGAGGAAUAUUGUCGGAUAGUCUUAAUCUGGAAGAAAAUAGAAAACUUUCUUCUUGUUCGAGAGAUUCAAAAAUUGAAAGUAAUGAGAAACGUUCGUCUAGUUUGAAAAACUUGGAAGUUCAAAAGAAUGAUAAUAGUUCUUCAAGUUUUCAAUACACGGGAGAAGAUAAUUCAAAAUCAGGCGAUAAUAUCAACGAUAGUAUGUGAUUUGAAGGACUUGAAAUCGUAUAAACAGAAUCAAAGAAUCCUGGAGGACAAACGAAUAAUUUCAAAAUGGAUGAGUCUGAGUGUAGAUUUGCAUUCUUGAGAGAGUUGGAGGAAAAUUUGAUUUUCAAAUAUAAAAUUUGAUUUUGAUGUUCACAAUAA